AUGUGGUCACAAGCUUAUGUGUUUUCACGUGAAUCGUUCUUACUGUAUCUGAACUCUGUAGUGUUACCAUAUCGUGCAGUAAUCACCUGGAUUCUCAUUGUACUGUUUACAGCUAUGAUUAUCAUAAGACUACGGCCAUGGAGUAAAGAGUCUUUACUACUACAAAGCUCAAAUUCAAAGUCUUUAGAUGAUAUACCAGCAACACAAGAAUGUUCACAAAAAGAUGCAAUGCGUAAACGUCAGAAGGGUCAAAUGAGGGCAACACGCGUUGUUCUUGUUGUUGCUAUAGCAUUUGGCCUAUUGGAGUGUAUGAACUUCAUGAUUGCAAUCUGCCAGUCUGCUGGACUUCUCGAAAACGACCAUUUAAGUCGACUACUUGAAACCAUUGGCAAUACCUUGAUCACUAUUGACUCUAUUUGCAAUUUUUUCGUGUUCAUCUCACUCAUGUCUUAUUUCCGUCAAAUAUUUUUACAAUUAUUCUGUUGCAAGAAAGCGGUAAUGUCUGUACCAGUUACUCAGAAAAGUACAUCUUUCUCCUCGGUAACUCAAACGGUAGCGGGGAAUGAUGACCACAUCGAUAGAUUCAAUAUGAAAGUUUAG